AUGUCCUCAAUCGACCCCUCCAUCCCCCCUCUAAAGCCCACCUCCACCCCCUCCAGCCCAGCCGCAGAAUCCCCCGAAACGCAAACCCUGAUCCAAGCCCUCGGCCUCCAGCCGCACAUCGAAGGCGGCUACUUCGUCGAACUCGACCGCAACCCCCUCACAGUGCCCAACCUCUUCCCCCCCACCAGCGCGCCCGCACCGGGCCAAACGGCCGCGAAGCCCUUCUCCGGCGACGACAGCGUCCGCAAUGCGAGCACCAGCAUCUUCUAUUUCCUGAGCCCGACGACGCCCGUCGGGCAUUUUCAUCGCAAUAAGGGCCGCACGGUGCAUACGCUGAUUCGGGGGAGGGGGCGGUAUGUGCUUAUUCAUGCGGAUGAAGCGGGUGAGAGGAAGCGCGUGGAGACGUUUGUCGUGGGGAAGGAUGUUGGGCGCGGAGAGCGCAUGGUGUGGGUUGUUGAAGGGGGGAAGUAUAAGGCUAGUUUUUUGUUGGAGGGUGGGGACGCGGAGGGGGAGGGGCUGCUGAUUAGUGAGACGGUUAUCCCGGGCUUCGAGUAUUCGGACCACGAUUUCUUGACGAGGGAGAGGUUUGAGGAGCUGGUUACGGAGGAGCAGGCGGGGGAGCUGGCGUGGCUUGUGAGGAAGGGCCCGGCGCCCGACGAGAGCGAGUUCUGA